AGUGGGUAAAGUUUCGAUUUUUGCAGAACAUAAACACUAGGAUUUUGGGUUGGAAACUGAAUUUUCUCCUUCAACUUCCAAACUUUCUUUACACAUUAGCUUCUUUAAAUCAAAUUCUCCCAAAAAAUGGGUUCACUCUCUCAGCUAAAAUCUUUUCGAAACCCAAAAUUCCUGACUCCAAAUCUCCCCAUUACAUCAAAGCUACCCUUCAAACAGAGCCAACUGACGCUCCCAUUUCACACCACACCAAUCAAACUCUCUUUAUCCUCCAUACCUCAAAAACCCACAUCAAAUUCCAAACUUUUAGCAACAUUUUUAUCUGAUAAACUACUAAUUUCACUUCUUGGAGCAUUUGUGUUCAUGGGUUCUUUUGGGUUGACUGCCAGGCCAAGUCUAGCACUUCCUGCUCAAGAAAGUGAAACUUUAGAGGAAAAGAGAGGAGCCCAGAUGGAGAAUUGUGGGAAUGAGGAGAUGUGUGAGCAGAUUCUUGAGAAGGAGCCAAGAAAUGUUGAGGCUUUGAAGGUGGUUGUGUAUGGGAAGAUGAGGAGAGGGAAGGGGAUUAAGGAUGCUUUGAAGUAUGUGGAGAGGUUGAUUGAAAUUGAGGGUGAUGAAGUUGAGUGGAGGCUUUUGGAGGCUCUUUGUUAUGAGAUGAUGGGGCAGUUUAGUAAAGCUAAGAAAUUGUUUAAGGAUAUCUUGGAGGACAGGCCUCUCUUGCUUAGAGCCUUGCAUGGUCUGGCAAUGGUCAUGCACAAAAACCUUGAAGGUCCUGCUGUCUUUGAGAUGCUCGAUAAAGCUCUAGAAGUUGCUCAUCGUGAAAACAGAGUUGUGGAGGAGAGAAACAUCAAAAUCUUAAUUGCACAAAUGCAUCUAGUGAAGGGACAACUGGAAGAAGGCUUGAAAAAAUUUCAAGAUCUGGUUAAUGAGAAUCCUCGAGAUUUUCGGCCUUAUCUUUGCCAGGGAAUAAUUUACAGUCUGUUGGAUAGAAAAAAGGAAGCUUCAGAACAGUUUGAGACGUAUCGCAGUCUUGUACCAGAAGAAUUUCCUCAAAGAGGAUUUCUCGAUGAUGUUGUAUUAACAGCAAAAACCGAGUCCCGGGAACAGCUUCAAAAGGAGUUCGAAACUGAAUUUUCUUACAGGAAGUGAAACUCUCAUCUUGUACUGAAUUGGUUACUAGGGGUGUGCAUUUGAUUCAAACCGAAAUUUUGAUUUGUUUGAAAAUCCAACUGAAUUGAUUUUUUUCA